AUUAUACGGAUCCUGAUCCAUCCUGGGCCCCUUCUUCUAUGUUUCACCGGCAGUUGUUAGCGUGCAGUUGCAAAACGCGCGCAAAUCCUUUAUUUUUAGCAACGUUAAGGCAUAUAUAAAACGCUUCUACUCUCUCUCUCUCACUCUCACACGAGUCACACCCAGUCUCAGGGAAAUCUUUCAAAGCAGCUUCACUGUACCAAGCAGGACCCCUGAAACGCCACCUUUAUAGAUAUGGCUUUGGAUAAGCGUUGGAUGGAGAUCAAGGACAAAAGCCACCCUGAGUACAAAAAGGGAGUUGAUACGUUCCUUAAAUUUGCAUUUGGUGCUAGUGGAGUAGUGGAUAGAAUUCGGUGUCCUUGCAAUAAAUGUAGAAAUGUCACCUUCAAGGGUCGAGGCGAAGUGAAAGCUGAUCUGGUAAAAAAUGGAAUUUACAAGAAUUACACCGAGUGGCACCUUCAUGGGGAAGAGGUGGAAGACUUAUUGAAAUCAAACAGUAUGAAGAACAAUGACUCGCCAAAUGAUGGAAACAGUGUCGGUCGUGACGAUUUACUCGGAAGCAAUUUAAUCAAACAGGAAUUAAGUGGCCUUGGUCCUAAUGAUGGAAGUGGCCCUCAGGAACAGAAGGUGGAAGCGGCAAAUUUUCGUAAGUUGUUAGAACGUGCUGAACAAAAAGUUUAUCCAGGUCACGAGAAGUCCAACUUGUCUUGCAUUGUAGGGCUAGUUAACUUCAAGUGCUCCAAUAAUUUGAGCGACGAAUUUUUCGACUUGUUGCUUAAAUUUUUGAAGAGUGUACUCCCAGAAGGUAAUUCACUCCCAGACAACUGCAAUGAGGCUGAGAAGAUUGUUGAGGAUUUGUUACGGUUUGGGGCAUCCGCUUCUACUCAGCCACCUACUAGAGAAGGGGAUGGGGAUGCUUGAAAGAUGAAUCGCUUGGACUUGCUUUUUCCCCUGUUACGGUAACAUAAACGAUUAGCUAUUAGCAAUGACUUAUCUUUUGUGGACGAACAAUUUCACUGCUAAAUUUCUUUUUCUUCUAGUGCAUGUGGGUUUGAGGAUGAUAAGGCCUCAAGGGGCACCAACAUAGUUUAGUACCCCUACUCUCCUUAUUUUGAGAUUAGCAUUAGUUGGUAUCUCAGCAGAACUUACUAAUUAACUCUAUCCUGCUUGAUAUUUCUUA